AUGGGGGCCCCCCUCCUCGGUGCGGAAGAGGAGAGGCAGCUAUUUGCUGCUGAUGAGGUCCGCGCCAUCAUGCAGUGGCCCCCUGGCUAUAGCGUUGCUGAGGCUGAGUGGACGACGGAGACGAGCGACGCGUUCUGGCGGCCCCUUUCUCACUUUGCUGGGGAGUUUCUCUCUGUGCGUGCAGCAGCAACUCCUGCUGUGCCCCUGGCUAGCAGCAGCAGCAGCAGCAGCAGCAACAGCAACAGCAACAGCAACAGCAGCAGCAGAAAACAACUCAAACCGCCUUGGUGGGCCUCCAUGGUCGGCGACGGCACCCCCGGGGGCCCCGGGGUGUUCACAGAGGCCCUUCUAUUUAGGGAGCCCCAGGGGGCCCCUCAGCAGCAGCAGCAGCAGCAGCAGCAGCAGCAGCAGCAGCAGCAGGGGGUGAACAGCAGUGGGGGGGAGCUGUGUGGGGCUGCUUCAGGCGCCCCCGCCCCUCCUUACCUAAACAGCAGCAGCAGGCGCAACAGGAGCAGCAGACGCAGCAGCAGGUCCAGAAGGCAGCCGCUGCAAGCUUAUGCAGCAGCUCCUGAGGGAGAGACAGCAGCAGGACAGCGGCACUCAGCAGCUACCUGUCAGAGCUGUGGGGCCCCUGGCUCUGUAGGUGGGAGCUGGGGGGCCCCCGCGGGGGCCCCUAGGGGGCCCCCGCUGCAACAGAGGGGAGGUUUGUCUCAGUCGCAGACGAGAGAGGGGCCCCCCCCAGGGCAGCUAAACUAUGCAGCUGCAGCAAGCAGUCCUCAGGGGGCCCCCAGCGCUGCUGCUGCUUCAUGCAAGCUGCUGCUGCAGCGACAGAAAGAAGUGCUGCAGCAGCAGUACCAGCAGGUGGAGCAGCUAAAGAAGCAGCUGCAGGAGCUUGAGCAUUCCUUACCUAAACAGCAGCAGCAGGCGCAACAGGAGCAGCAGACGCAGCAGCAGUCGCAGACGAGAGAGGGGCCCCCCCCAGGGCAGCUAAACUAUGCAGCUGCAGCAAGCCGUCCUCAGGGGGCCCCCACCGCUGCUGCUGCUUCAUGCAAGCUGUUGCUGCAGCGACAGAAAGAAGUGCUGCAGCAGCAGUACCAACAGGUGGAGCAGCUAAAGAAGCAGCUGCAGGAGCUUGAGCACGCGCUGGCGUCGCUGCAGCUGCCUGGCAGUGCAAGCACUCAUCCGCAGCAGCAACAGCAGCAGCAGCAACAGCAGCAGCAGCAGCAGCAGCAGCAGCUGAUGCUCCCUCGGCCUGCAAGCUCACCGCUAGCUCUAUCAGAUCUCCACGCUGCUGACUCUGCUGCUGACGACGGCUCCGUCUGCUGGAGCCUGGACCCUCGUGACUACAAGAGCAUGCCUGCCGCCUCUGUACGAUGGAUCCCGCCAGCGGGGAUUCCCUCACGCCAUGCGGCUCACUGA